AUGCGGCCAUAUAAAUUACUCCUAAUUGGCUUAACCUGUCUUUUCAAUGUGAUAACGGCUGCCAACCAUAUCCAGUCAACUUCACUUUUGACAUGUAUGGAAAAUUCCCAAUUCACUGCGUCAUAUUUCGAUGUUGUCUACUAUCCAGGAAAUAAGACCGUCUAUUUCAACAUCAAUGCAAUUUCAUCAAUUGAUGCCAAAGUUGGUGCUUACAUCAACCUUAUUGUCUAUGGCUUAAAUGUUCUUCAAAGAAAUGUGUCCCUUUGUGAUAUCGAUUACACUGGCCAAGGCAACAACCCACUUUGCCCUUUGACUUCAGGACAUAUCAAUCUUGACACUAGCAUGGAAGUUUCUUCAUCUAUUGCAAACCAGAUCCCCGGAGUAGCAUUUACCGUGCCCGAUGUCGAUGCCAGAGUUAGAGUGUUGUUUUAUGACUUGGAUUCUCUAGAUCAGCUAGCAUGUGUGGAAGCAAUUUUAUCCAAUGGUAAAUCCGUACAAACUAAGUAUGCAGGAUGGCCAAUUGCUGCUAUUUCCGGUUUGGGGGUCAUUACAUCUGGUGUUAUUUCCGUCAUUGGCCAUUCGAGUACCGCAGCUCACAUUGCUUCCAACUCAAUGUCUCUUUUCGUUUACUUCCAAUCAUUGGCAAUUAUUGCAAUGAUGGCUGUGGCUAGAGUUCCUCCCAUUGCUGCAGCGUGGGCACAAAACUUUAUGUGGUCCGUGGGGCUUAUAAAAAUUGGAUUUGUUCAAGAUAUUUCCAAUUGGUAUAUUCAGGCUACUGGAGGCACUCCAACUGACAUUAUAGGAGCAUCGUAUUUGUCUAUUUCAGUACAAAAGUUUGCCAAGAGGUCUCUUGAGUGGAUUGAAGGGGUGAGGAACUAUGACACCGGAUUAUCCAAAAGAGCAAACAUCUUGUUGGACUCGGAUACUUAUGGAACUGCAGACAAUUUAGAUCCAGAUUUGUACUCAACCAAUGAAAAGGCUAGCAAUUUGUCGGGGAAAAUCUUGGUGUUGCGAGGUAUUCAGCGUGUGGCGUACUUGGCCAAAAUUGAAAUAACCGAUGUGUUUAUGACUGGUAUAUGUUUUUUGCUCUUCUUUGGUUUUGUUAUGGUGGUUUGUCUUAUGUUGUUUAAGGCCAUUGUUGAAAUUUUGACAAGAAGUAAAGUGAUACGAGCUGAAAAGUUCAAUGAAUAUCGCCAACAAUGGGGCGCCAUCAUAAAAGGGUCACUCUAUCGUUUAUUGAUUAUUGCUUUGCCCCAAGUGUCAGUAUUGUGUAUUUGGGAAUUGACCACAAGAGAUUCUGUUGGGACCGUGGUUGUUGCCGUGUUUUUGUUGGUAAUCACGUUGGUUUUGUUGAUUCAAGCAGCAGCAAGAGUUUUCCUCAUGGGAAGAAACUCAACAAAUAAUUUCAAAAACCCGGCAUAUUUGCUAUUUGGAGACGUCAAAUUCUUGAAUAGAUUUGGAUUUUUGUACGCUCAAUAUAGAGCCGACUGUUACUGGUUUAUUUGGGUUUCAUUAUUUUACAUCUUCAUCAAGUCGCUAUUUGUGGCGGUAUUACAGAAGCAUGGUAAACCACAGUCAGUGAUUGUGUGGGCUAUAGAAUUGAUUCAUUUGGUUGUUGUUUCUUGGAUUCGUCCAUUUAUGGACAAGCGGACAAAUGCAUUCAAUAUCACCAUCAGUGUUUUCAAUUUCAUCAAUGCAUUAUUCUUUAUGUUCUUUUCAAGUGUUUUUGGACAGCCUAAUGUGGUUUCAUCGGUUAUGGCUGUGGUUUACUUUGUGCUUAACGCAGUGUUUGCUUUGUUUUUGUUGAUCUUCACCAUUGUCACUUGUGUGUUGGCCAUAUUCAGAAAGAAUCCUGAUGCGAGAUACCAGCCCAUGCGUGAUGACCGUGUUUCCUUCUUACCCAAAUCAGGAGGCAAAAAAGGUGCUGGAGCUGGCGGUGAUGAUGAUAUGGAAUUGAUGGCAUUGGGUGCAACAGCCAUGAAGGGCCACGAGCAUGGUAAGCGUGGUCCAUUGGCAUAUGAUGAUGAAUCUUAUGAUGAGGAUUCUGUAUAUCUAAAUACUGGAAACUCGAGUGCUCCUGGAUUAGGAGAAGGGGGCACAGCUAGCACAGGAUCUGGAUCUGGAUCUGGAUCCAAGCGUGAUUCAAUAAGCAUGAUGGAGCCAACGCAGCCUGGCUCAACGAUAGUGGGUAACCCGUAUAAUGCUUUGCCUACAAACUACCCCAAUAGAGAUAACGCAAGAACUGGAGGUGGGUUUAGCUACGGACAAACUGGGGCUUACCAAGAUAGCUACUCGAAUGUUCAAAAUCCAUAUUCACAAAACACUGCUUAUAAUAAUAACCAGUAUUAUCAACAAAGGACCAAUGGAAGUCGAAAUGCAUUUAGAUGA